AUGAGCGCAACCAGCUCGAGCUUCCCUGCGAUCGCAAAAGCAUUACUGUGUGACGCCUUGUCGCCAACUGCGUCCUUCGCAUUCACCAACUGCGACAUUGGCACUCACCAAUUGCGACACUGGCACUUACUCUCGAGUGCGACGCCAUCAGCCACCAACAACAUCACACAAUCGGCUGCAAAAACCCCUCAUUGGCUCAUCCAACGCUCGGCGACUCCUCUACAUCUCCAAAAGUCGCCUCGUCGGUCAGGUGCAUCACCUCUGGAUGCCGUCUGUAGCUAG